CUCUCCAACAAUUGUCAUGUGGAUGCGCAUGCGGGCAUCAUCUUCACCUUCAACCUCCAUCUUCGCUUGUCAACUUGACCUGAGCCACCUGACCUGACUCCUUUCAAACUUCGCAUCUCUAUCAUAUUGAGUUCGUCUGCACCUCAAAACUCUGUGUACACCUUUCUCUGUUCUUCAACGCCGUGGCGCUGUAGCUUUUCUGCACAUCUCUGCAGGGAAUCUGCAGCGGACCACUUGCUGGGAGAUCUAUUUACCAACACCGAAUUGAUGCUUUUGUCUUCAAGGCACAUGGGCUCGACCCCGAUUUCUUGACCAUUAUUUCUUCUGAGAUUUACUUUGAUCGCCUGCCGAAGUUAGCCUGAUCCCUAAUCUCAUUCUUUACCGCCGAGAACCAGGUUUGACGAUGUCGCUCCCUUCCGAAGUGCGCAACAAGUAUAUCGGCAUCAUCGAUUCGAUUUUGAAUAGCGCGGAUCUGACCACUAUCACGAGAAAGAAGAUACUCGCCGGAAUUCAAGAGAGGGUUGAAUAUGACAUAACUCCCCAGAAGACUGCCAUCAAAACCCUGAUUGAUGAGAGAUUCGAUGUUAUCAAUGCGAGACUGAACGGUGAAAGUACAGUCGUGCCCUCAGUCGAAGCAGGAGACCCGAUUCCCAAGACCAACGGAGUCCGCAAACCUUCUCCGUCGUCCCCUUCUAGCACACCGGGCAAACGCGAAGCCUCAAGUGAGGAUUUGUCAGAUGUCGUUGAUUCUCCACCGCCAAAGAAGAAGCGCAAGAACGGGAUUGAUUCGGACGCCGCGUUUGCCGCCAAGUUGCAAGCAGAAGAAGAUCUACGAGCACGUCCAACACGAGGUGGAGCUAAUAGAAAGACGGCACCAGCCAAAAAGAAGAGAAAGGUCAAGAAGAAGGAGAGGGUCACUGGAUCAGAUGAUUCAGAGGCAGAAGAUGGCGAGAAGCCGGCUAAACCCAAACGAGAUACAGGUUUUCAUAAACCACUGAACUUGUCGCCAGCCUUGUCUAAUCUGUUUGAUGGUGCGAUUCAGCUUUCUCGACCGGAAACAACCAAAAGAAUAUGGCAGUAUAUCAAGGCCAAUGACCUCCAAGACCCGGCGGACAAGCGAUUCAUCAUCUGUGACGACAGAAUGCGGGAAGUCUUUCGACAAGACAAAGUACACAUGUUCACCAUGACCAAACUCAUUUCCCAACAAAUGUACAACCCUGACGAAUAGCUGGAUUUAUGGCCAAUAUUGUGCACCUAAGAUCGGACUGAUGGUCGAUGGCAAGGCUGAUGGAGUGCGACACUGAUGACUGAGCAGCAUUGGAGCAGCAUUGCACUUCGAGAGGUGCGCAUAGGUGUGGAGGGCAGAGUACAUCACCACAGAAGUUGGACCUGAGGAGCAGAGUCCUUUACUAUUUGGUGGCAAUGCCCGGUUGGAACGACGAUACCUCUGGCAGUAUUACAUGAUAAAAGGGCUCCAGAUUAUGUGAUUUGAAUAUCAAGCUGGAAUGAAACCCAAUGAGAUAUUCCUAAGGCUCUUCUUCUCA